AUGAAGAUAAAGAACCAUGAGAGGGACAAAUAUGGAAAGUACACCGGAGCUGCUAGGUCCGCUGUUAUAGCUGACCUGAAAGUGAAGCUCAAUCAACAACAGAGUAUUUUUACCAGAAUUACAUCCACACAGGAGUCUGCCCUCAAGGCGUCUUACUCUGUGGCACUGGAGCUUGCUAAAGCCAAGAAGCCCUUGUCAGAUGGCGAAAUGGUGAAGAGGUGUGCAAUGGAAAUGGCCAAAUCAUUUGGAGACGAGGAUAUGGCUAAAAACUUUGAAACUGUCUCCUUGUCCCGUCGCACAGUGACACGCAGAAUUUUUGACAUCCAUAAUCACGUCGAUGGCAAACGGAAACAAGUCAUGCACGACUGCAAAUACUUCUCAUUAGCGUUGGAUGAGAGCACAGAUGUGACGGAUAUUAGCCAGCUACUGAUUUUCACUAGAACGAUUGACAGUUCAUUUGUUGUACACGAAGAACUUUUAAAAUUGGUGUCGUUGCACAACACUACUAAAGGGACGGAUAUUUUCAACGCCGUUAAAAGUGUUGUGAAUGAGUACUAUGGUGGCUUUGACAAGCUGUCAGCCGUCGUUACUGAUGGCGCACCUGCGAUGCAAGGAAAACACAAUGGUUUCGCCGGGCUCCUCCAACAGAGUGGGGUGGACUGUCCUAUACUGCAUUGCAUCAUCCAUCAGGAGGCUCUCUGUGCCAAGACACUUAACUUCAGUCACGUUAUGGAUCUGGUGACUAAAGUUACAAAUCUCAUCCGAGGAGGGAAUAGGUCUCUCAGUCACAGGAGGUUUGUAGCUUUUUUGGAUGAAGUGAGCGCGGCGUAUGGGGAUUUACAAAUGCACACCGAGAUUAGAUGGAUGAGCCGAGGAAAGUGUCUGGAGCGUUUUUUUGCGUUGCGCACCGAACUGCCUGUGUUUUUGGAGGACAGUGUUCGAGGCGAUACAAGUGCCUACACCCGAAACUCAGAGACACCGAAUUUCUUUGCGAUAUGGCCUUCCUUACGGACGUUACCUCACACCUCAAUCACCUGA